CUAAUGACGCUGAUCAUGGCAGCCCAGGUUGAGUUGUCAUGUUUGGAUUCAUUUCCACCGCACUUAAAUCCUUUGCACGUGCUUGUUUUCAAGUCACAACUUAGACAUGCGUUUCCAUGUUGCACUGAACCUGCGGCAACCCUUCUAUUCACAUCUCGAAAGCUUCAAACACUGGGGAGAACUGGUGUUUUGCUGUGCGUGCAUUCGAUGACAGAGGAAGAGACGCCAGGCUGUGCCGAAAAUGGAAAGAUAUUGAAACUCUACAUAAGUAAUUUAUUUCUGAAACACUAUGGUAUUCAGCAAGAUACAAUUGGAGUUGUGCGGCCAGUGUCACCGUUUGCCCUUAGCAAAGUUGUUUUAGGGGCACGAACAAGACAGAGUUCCAAGUGGGCCAGCUCGGAAAGGUUUUCCAAUGGACUUCUUAUAUUAGCAUCGUGUCAAGGGCAACUACUGCUGGCACGACAAGGGGACUCGCUAUCACUGCCCUAUCAUCCUUUACUGGGGGAUGACAUAUCUCAGGUGCAAACAUUUCUGUCAAACUUGGUUGUGUUAGAGUGUACUCCUGUAACGCAGGGGAUGGUAACUGUUAACACGACAGUGGUGGUCGCUGACUGCAGAGACCUCGCGAAUCAUGGCACAUUGGAAACGUUGAAUACGUUGGCUACUAGAAAGUUGACCUCGAUAUUUGUUUCAGAUUUUGCACACUAUGCGAAUAGUCUUGACGCAGAAAACUCGUUACUUGACAACAAGCCAGCAUUGGACUCUUGUUUCUCCGAUGUGUUGCAAGCAUUGGAGUGUAGGCUCGAUAUCAGUGUUGUCGAAAUUCCUCGUUUAUACGACCAAGAGAUAAUUGUGCUGGGGGAGAACCACGAGAGUGAAAUCGAUAUCGACAGUACAGUUUUUGUAAGCAAACAGUUACUGCUUAAACUCGGGUUAUUCAACCGUGAGUGGGUAGUAGUGUCGAGGUUUAACUGUUCUUCAGAAAAGGCAAAGACAAGUGCUGUGCAAUUUAAGGAUAACCCACAUGCCAAAGAGCCUUCCAACGUUGUAGGAAGCACCCACCUCGCAUAUGUAGUUGUGGCAGAUUUUUGCAAGUGUUCUGAGUUAGAUCUCCAAAACAACGUUGGCUUCAUAUCUCAAACGCAUUGGUUCAACUUGUCAAAUGGAGAGCCAGUUCCAGUCACCAGCCGAGCUGUAAAAAUAAAGAGAUGGAAUCUAGGCUGUUCUCAGUCAGGUCCUCAAGUUUCUGAGAGUCUUUCUCGAUCAGCAUCACCGCUUUUCGCCAAAGAACUCCACAUUGCUACAGUCAUCUCCCCAGAGUACAGUUAUCAUGGUCCCUUUGAUAGUAUCCUCUCUGAGCACUUUACUAUUCCAAGGUUGGUGCAGCUGGGGGGACUUUUGGGCUUACCCACAAAAGGGCAUCCUGGUGUCUUGGAGAGCAACUCUGAGGGAAUCACAAGGUGGCCUGUUGUGUAUUUCAAAGUGAAAAAGGUCUGUGGGUUUACUGAGGAUGACAAGGACUGUGGUCCUUAUCUGGCAGACACUGUCCACACAACUCUAUACAUGGGUGGCUCCACCAAUAGCCUGGCUCCCUGUUCCCUGGUUGGCGAGGAGCCUUCCCUUUGGACCAGCCUGUCUCCACCAGGGCUUUCCAGUGCAGUUGACCAACUAUCCACUAUCAUUCAGCCCCAUUUGAAUGACAGCUCUGCUACUCUGACGAGCGUGUGCACCGCCCUCGUUGUUGGACCAAGUGGAAGUGGCAAAUUCACCACCGUCAGAGCAGCAUGCCGGAGACUGCAUCUACACCUAGUGAAGGUGGACUGCGUGACGCUCUGUGCCGACACGGCCGCCGCCUGCGAGACCAAGAUGAAGUUGGCCUUCCAGCGAGCAGAGUCCCACUGGCCAUGCGUUCUGCUCCUCAGGAACCUGCAGCUGCUCGGGCACCCCAGGGACAGCACAGAGGAGGAUGCCAGGGUCACGGCCGCCCUGUGUGAGCUCAUGCUCAACUGCCCUCCCAGUGUGGUAGUAGUGGGGACGGUGAGUAAACCCCGGGAGCUGUCGUCAGACGUCACCGCGGCCUUUAUCCACCAGGUGUCCAUAGAAAGCCCCAGCGAGGAACAGCGCUGUGCCAUGCUGACCAGCCUUACUGAGGGAUUGCCGCUAGGGAGGGACGUCAACCUGGCCAAGCUGGCCAAGCACACUGCGGGUUUUGUAUUGGGGGACCUAAGUGCACUGCUGAUCCAGGCUGGUAAAGCUGCCCACCGAAGGCUACUCAAAUGCUUUUUUCCAGAUGGGGCCAGUAUGCAGGAGGAGGAGGACCUGUGUGCCUGUGGUGUAACCGUCCUGGCACAGGAUUUCACCAAUGCCUUAGAGACCCUUCAAGACGCCCACUCCCAGGCCAUCGGAGCCCCAAAGAUCCCCAGUGUGCGCUGGCAGGAUGUGGGUGGCCUGCAGCUGGUGAAGCGGGAGAUCCUGGACACGGUCCAGCUGCCCCUGGAGAGGCCCGAGCUGCUGUCCCUGGGCCUGCGCCGCGCUGGCCUUCUUCUCUAUGGCCCCCCCGGCACGGGGAAAACGUUGCUAGCCAAAGCUGUCGCUACCGAGUGCUCCAUGACUUUCCUCAGUGUCAAAGGCCCAGAACUCAUCAACAUGUACGUGGGUCAAAGUGAAGAGAAUGUGAGAGAAGUCUUCUCCAAAGCUCGAUCUGCGGCCCCCUGCAUCAUCUUCUUUGAUGAGCUGGAUUCUCUGGCCCCCAACAGAGGGCGCAGUGGAGACUCAGGUGGAGUCAUGGACAGGGUGGUCUCUCAGCUUUUAGCUGAACUAGAUGGCCUUCACUCUUCUGCGGACGUGUUUGUGAUUGGAGCCACCAACCGGCCGGAUCUGCUAGACCAAUCAUUGCUUAGACCUGGCAGGUUUGACAAAUUAGUAUAUGUCGGGAUCAAUGAAGACAAGGAGUCUCAGCUGCAGGUUUUAAAGGCUAUAGUCAGAAAGUUCAAGGUGGACCCUAGCAUCAGUCUCCAGGAUGUGGUGGAGCGUUGCCCUCCUCAGCUCACAGGGGCAGACAUGUAUGCCCUGUGCUCUGAUGCCAUGAUGUCUGCCAUCAAGAGGAAGAUUGCACAAAUAACUGAUGGUCUGGACAGGGAGGAUACUCCUCUAAUCCUUUCUGCAGAGGACUUUAACCAAGCACUGGAUUGCCUUAAACCCUCAGUCUCGGAACAAGAGCUGCUCAAAUAUAAACUCAUUCAGCAGAAACUCACUGCAAAAUAACCAAGCCAUCCGAGACUAGUGCUAAGCACAGGGCUAAGUUAAUCUGUUCUGCACUACGUUACCCUAAAUCCUCUACCACAAGUGGGUGUAUUCCUCAAGAGUGUUGGCUCUGCCCCAAAACAAAUGUAUCUGCACUAAUGGGUGACUGAGCUGUGUCAUUAAGUUCAAAGGACCAAA